AGAGAGCUCCAGGAAAAGCUCCCCUCCACCGGCUUCCCCGUACCGCCUCCCAGCGAUCGUGCCUCCUCCCGGGCGUCCCAGCGGCGGUCGGGUCGCCGGAUUCGGCGCUGGUCCGGGUCCGGGGACUCCCAUGGCAUCGCCGGAGCAGGAGGCGGCGGUGGCCGAGGCCGUCGUGGAGGACGUGAUGCGGCUGCAGGGGGGAGGAGGCGGCGGCGCAGGAGGAUGGGAGACGGUGGGGACCAGGAGGAACAUCGAUAUUGCCUGGCGCAAGGCGGAGGAAGCCGCUAUAAGAAGGUAUGAAGCAGCCAACUGGUUGCGAAGGAUAGUUGGGGUAGUGUGCGCAAGGGACCUUGCAGAAGAGCCUUCCGAGGAGGAAUUCCGGCUUGGCCUGAGAAAUGGCAUUAUUCUCUGCAAUGCACUGAAUAAGGUUCAACCUGGCGCAGUGCCCAAGGUUGUGGAGGUACCAUCGGAUUCUACUGUCCCUGCAGAUGGUGCAGCUCUAUGUGCAUAUCAAUACUUUGAGAAUGUGAGAAAUUUUGUCAUUGGCCUACGAGAUUUAGGUCUUCCAACAUUUGAAGCAUCAGACCUGGAAAAGGGUGGUCAAGGUAUUCGAGUUGUAGACUGUGUUCUUGCUCUGAAGUUAUUCAGUGAUGCUAAGCAAGUGGGUAAACAAUCUCCAUUCAAAUAUGGUGGCAUUGCAAAGCCUUUGUCUGGAAACUAUGUCAUUCGGAAGAAUAAUGAACCUUUUAUGAAGACAAUGACGAGGAGUCACUCAGCUGAAUUACUCCGGGAUGGCAAAUCACUGGAGCAAAUAGGUCUUGAUUUUACUCUAGAAUCAACUGAAACAACUACUCCAGAUUCCAUCCGGAUUCUUGUUCAAACGGUUCUCUCAGAUAAGAAACCAGAAGAAAUUCCAUCGGUGGUAGAAUCACUCUUGACCAAAGUUAUUAACGACUUUGAGCAUCGUCUUGCAAGCCAAAAUGAAUUGGUGAAAGACACUACGGAGACCAAUGAAAGUAAGUCAUUAUUGAUAACGGAUUCCCCAUUUGACACCGAUCGCAGUAAGUCAUUAUCCAGAACGGACUAUCUACAAAAGGAGUCUACUUCCACCAGUGAUCUGGAGAAGGCCACUGACAAUACGAAAACGGAUGAAGAUGAUGGGGAUUCUCUGAGUGCGAAGGAAGAUGUCAACACAGUAGUACCUCCUCCAUCUCUAAGUGAUGAUAAUGUAGGUAAAUGUAUGCCAAAGCCAGUACGAAAUUUUGAUCAAGAACAGAAACAGAUCCAGGAUUUGAAAAGUAAUAUUUCAACUAUUAAGUCUGGGAUAGAACAGUUCAAAUUGCUGUACUCUGAAGACCUUACGAAGCUUGGUAAUCAUUUGCGAAUUGUUUCUCAUGCGGCUUCCGGAUACCAUAAGAUUGUUGAGGAGAACCGCAAGCUGUACAACCAAAUACAAGACCUUAGAGGAAAUAUCAGAGUUUAUUGUCGAGUGAGACCUUUCCAUCCUGGAAAAGUAAGUUCCUCAAGCAGUGUUGCUGGACUAGAAGAUAGAACCAUCACAGUUAUGGUACCAUCAAAAUACGGGAAAGAUUCAAGGAAGUCUUUUACUUUCAACAGGGUCUUUGGGCCCUUGGCCACACAAGAGGAGGUCUUUACAGACAUGCAACCUUUGGUCCGUUCUGUUCUCGAUGGCUUCAAUGUUUGUAUAUUUGCAUAUGGUCAAACUGGGUCAGGGAAGACCUUUACAAUGAGUGGUCCUAAAGUUUUGACGGAAGAAGGGCUUGGUGUCAACUACAGAGCACUAAAUGAUCUAUUCAGUAUCCAGGAGCAGAGGAAGGAUACAAUUUGUUAUGAAAUUGCUGUACAGAUGAUUGAGAUCUACAAUGAGCAAGUGAGAGAUCUCCUCCAGAAUGGUGGAAACAAGAAAUUGGAAAUUCGGAAUAGUUCUCAAAAAGGACUUGCAGUUCCAGAUGCAAAUGUAGUUCCAGUUACAUCAACAGCUGAUGUAAUAGAUUUAAUGAAUCUUGGCCAAAAGAAUCGCGCAGUUUGUUCAACUGCCAUGAAUGACAGAAGUAGUCGCUCCCAUAGUUGUCUGACUGUUCAUGUUCAAGGACGAGAUUUAACAUCUGGAACAGUCCUAAGAGGUUGCAUGCAUCUUGUGGAUUUAGCUGGCAGCGAAAGAGUUGAUAAAUCUGAAGUCGUAGGAGAUAGACUAAAGGAGGCACAACACAUAAAUAAGUCGCUGGCUGCACUGGGCGAUGUGAUUGCAUCACUAGCCCAGAAAAACACACAUGUUCCUUACCGAAAUAGCAAACUUACUCAACUUUUACAAGACUCUCUUGGAGGACAAGCGAAGACAUUGAUGUUUGUUCACAUAGCUCCAGAACCAGAUGCUGUUGGCGAGUCCAUAAGUACUUUGAAGUUCGCAGAGCGUGUUGCCACUGUUGAGCUCGGAGCAGCCAAGUCAAACAAGGAAGGAGGAGAAGUCAGAGAGCUCAAAGAGCAGAUUGCUUGCCUCAAGGCAGCAUUGGCUAGGAAAGAUGGAGAUCAGGAGAGCAUAAGAAGCACUCAAUCAAGCCCAGACAUAUAUAGAAUGAGAACGGGUAAUGCAUCAUCUGCAUCGGGGCACCCAACUGAAGAUGGAAAUGUAGAGAAGGAAUCGGCAUUGGGAGAUUGGGCGGAUCACUCGCAGUUUGGGAGCAGCAAUUCCCUGCCAGAGUUGGGAGCUGAUGGCUCACAAGAUCUAUCCUUCUACCAAAGAAGCAGCCCUGAACAGCAGCAAUUGAGUUGGUCUGGGUCAGUUGCAACCGAGGAUUCCGAUGAUUUUGAGGUUGCAACUACUUGCUCAUCAGAACAAGAUUGCAUGCGACCAUCUAGCGCCCCAAAAGCUCCAAGUUUGGCCAAUGGAGGUGGCUCAGCUGCAAGGAAGGCCCAACCGAAGGGUGCGAAAAGUUCAGACGUUAGAGGUGUAAAUCCUGCGAAAAGGGCAACACCAUUACAGAAAAAGUCGAAUGGAGCCUCACCAACACUAAUCAAGAAGAGCGGAGUCGAAGUAAGGAGAACUCCCAAUGGUAAAGUGAGCACCAAGAAGUAAUCUAUGAUCUAUCCAGGUGAAAAAAUUGAUUUUUUUUUGCGACCAACUUCACCUUGGCAAGGACUAGAUAAACAUGUUGGUCCUACUGGGUGAUGCAUUGAUAUUGGUCAGAUGGAUAUGUCAGCCCUCUUGAAAGGUUGCUGGAUCCUCGGCUAUGUAACAUUUACAUUGUAAAUCAUUAAUUCAUUUUGCCAUAGUACAGAAAGAGGCCAGAAAAGUCUUGCGGAUUGAAA